UUAGCAGAGAGGAAAUCAAUGCUUCCAAAUACCCUAAGCAAGCAGACAAAAUAAUAACGUUGACUGAGACAGACUAGGAUGCCGUUCCUCGAACUGCAAGUCCCAGUGUGCUUUGCGCCCCCAAGAAGGGGGUGCAGGCUUUGCGCCUACGCAGCCGGUUUCUUGCGUCCGGAAAGUCGUAGACUCUUGCCGGCAGCAGCUCCAAGACAGCAGCUCAGAGACCACGAAGAGGGGACGGCCACUGCCGCCGCCGCUGCCACCACCGCCAGCCACCACGGAGGAAAAGCAAGGGAAAGAUGUGGGUUUUUGGUUACGGGUCUCUCAUUUGGAAGGUGGACUUCCCCUAUGAGGACAAGCUGGUUGGCUAUAUCUCAGGCUACAGCAGGCGCUUCUGGCAGGGCAGCACCGACCACCGCGGAGUUCCUGGCAAGCCUGGAAGAGUUGUGACUCUUGUUGAAGACCCUGCGGGUUGUGUAUGGGGUGUUGCUUACAGACUGCCAGUAGGAAAGGAAGAAGAAGUAAAAGCAUACCUUGAUUUCAGAGAGAAAGGAGGCUACAGGACCACAAAAGUCAUUUUUUAUCCAAAAGAUUCCAUAACAGAACCAUUCAGUGUGUUGCUAUAUAUUGGAACAUGUGAUAAUCCUAAUUAUCUUGGUCCUGCACCUCUGGAAGACAUUGCUGAACAAAUUUUUAAUGCAGCUGGUCCAAGUGGAAAAAAUACAGAAUAUCUUUUUGAACUUGCAAAUUCUAUGAGAAGCCUUGUGCCAGAAGAUGCAGAUGAGCAUCUUUUCUCUUUAGAAAAAUUAGUAAAGGAACGUUUAGAAGGAAAGCAGAACUUCAAUUGCAUAAAAAGACCUAACUGAUUUUUCCAAACAAGCAGAACUUUUAAUCUUCAGAGAAUGGCUUCACUGCACAAUAACAAUAUGAUUUGUAAACGUCUUUACUUGAAAAUCUUAGUUGUGUUUAAUGUUGUAGUCAAGAUAAUAUCUAAAUUCACAGUUUAAUUGCAAUUGGCCUGGAACUCAUACAUACUCAAAAUAUUGGGAUACAGAUAAAGAAAAAAUUCAUUUCAAUAAUAUAAUGAAUGAUUCUCCAGCUAUGAUAUUGACUACUUGCUCAUGAGAAGUUCUUUAGAAAAAUACAAUGAAGGACUCAGUUCAGAUCUUGUUUUUAUCUAAAUAAAUACAAUUCUGUUGUUUCAUAUUGCAAUUUUAAAGUUGUAGAGAAUUAGACCAAAAGUCCAAUAAUUAUAAUAAGGCUAUGCCUUUAAUAUAUUCCCAUAUGUUAACUCUGUAAUCAUGGUUUAAGAUAAAUAAGCUUGAAAUAACAUAUAAUUAGAUAUAUAUGGUAAUAUAGACAAGAUUUUGGCCUUGAUCGUGAACUUCUUUGUUUAGAUUUUAAAUGAAACUCCAAUUUAAGCCAAAAAGUUAGCAUUCUAAUAUAAAAACUUCCUUGGAAUUAUAAUGUACUGUAUCUCUCCUUUUUUGAAUAAAUGUAUUUUACUAUACAGUAAAAACCCUUUGAGCUAGAAAAGCACAAAUUAUACAAAUUACGUCUAACAAUUUAUCACUCAAUUUGUAUUAAUCUUAUACUGAAACUUUAAAAAAAAGGCUUUUUGAUAUUACAGAUUAACAGAAACAUAUAUAAUGAAAGUUUGCUGUUUGAAAUGGCAUUUAGAAUUGUAAUUUUUUAAAGUAAGAAGUGGCGUUACCUGAUCAUUUGCUACAGUUUUUUUUUCCUUCUUACAUCUUGUCACUUAACAAAGGUAUCCACUAAAUAGUGUGAUGAUGCUGCCCACCUAGGAACCAUGUAUAAUUAACGCAUGCAGAAGUAACCUUGAUUCAGACUAAUCAGAUCAGUUCUUAUUAGAAGGGAUUUCCUUCUCAACAGGACAUGCAGUCUCUCUAAAAUCUUUCAACAUGAAAAGAAUUUCAGUACCACAUCAGAUUUAAUGUGAAACUAAUAAUUAGUACCGAAGUUGUUCAUGUAAAAUAAAGCUGUCCUUUUCAUGUUUUUUUUUU